CUUAGACUUUUUUCGUAUUAAGUACUUAUGUACUGCUAUUUUCCCUAACGUAUGUACGGCAACCCUAACCAUCUUAUUAGAAAUUAAUUACUUGAGUUAACUAGCAGUUGGCAACGCGAUAUGUACUAACGAAGCUCACGGAUUUUAUUAGUAAAUUAUAAUAAUUAUAAUAUAUUUAGAAGUACAAAACUUUAAUUUGAAUAAUCAUUACACAUAUAUUUGCAUUAUAAGCAAGUGGAAGCGUUACAAUUCGACUUUAACGACUAUUUUUCUUCAACAUCUGUUGUGCUACAACUGUAUGAGAAUAAAAAUUGCUGUUGGCAAGUCAACACACAGAGAUGCAGUAGAGGAUGUUAAAUUUUUAUGUUUAGAGAUGGAAUUAAAAUUUUUAUAUUUCCAUAUUAUAGUUAUUCUAACAAUAAAAUUUGUAUUUAAUUUGGAUUAAUUUUUAAUUAAAUAAUUUUUUUAAACUAAUUUAUUACAAAUGCAUUACCGACUUUGUGAUCAAAGCUUCCGUUAUUUGGGUGAGUAUUCAUUGAUUUGACUUUCUCAGGUAAAAGGAAAAUCAGCUGUGUGUGCUUUAUUUGUGCGUACUUCGGAGUGCCCAACAAAAAUUUGGCCGUAUAACUCAGUAUAACUUUAUCUCAUUUAUUAGCUUUAAAUUUAUUACUUAGCUACUUAGCUACUUCGCCACUUCACAAGUUUGUCCCUGGUUAAAAAUUUGCGCAACAAAAAAUAAGCUUACACGUUUGCAUCAAAAUGUGUUUUUUGUGAUUGCUACACACAAGAUAUUAUUAAACAAAAAAUGGAAAAUUGAUUCAAACGCUUGGCUGAUUUUAUGAUUGCUAAUGUAGCAGUGAUCGGUGCAUAGUAAAGUGAAACAACUUCAGCGCUGAACCUCGAACAAGUUUGGAACUUUCAAAUAAAAGGUAUGAGGUGGGGUGAUUAAUUCGUGGAAAACCUUGCUUACUUCUGCUAAUAUGCAAAGGAACGUUUUAAAAAAUAGAAAAUCGACCAUUAUUAAUUCCAUGAGAUCGUACCCGAUAUGGAUGAUGCCGAUUACAUGAUGUUUAACGAGAAGCAAUCAAUUCGCGAAUCGGCGCGUUCACUCAAAAAAUAUGGUAGCACUUGCUGUAAUCAUAACUUAAGGAACAAUGAGACGCUGAUACGACAUGACGUGGAGAAGACAGAUACACUGCAGGGUAUAGCGCUCAAAUAUGGAUGUUCGACGGAACAGAUACGACGCGCCAAUCGGCUCUUCGCCUCAGACAGUCUCUUCUUGCGCCAGUUUUUGUUAAUCCCAGUGGAUAAAUCGUCGCCGUAUUAUCCCAAAGCGGAUGAAAAUAAUCCAUUACAAAUUAGUUCCAACAAUACUGUGCUGCAAAAUAAUAUAAAUUCGCAAAAUAUCGUGAAUUCUAUAAAUGCUACAAAUACGAGCAAUACAACCGCUGAUCCACUUGGCGUAUUUGCAGCACCAACCAGUUGUCUUGACUCAGCAAAUAAUCCGCGUCCAUCCACGCUGCCAACUCGUCCAUACUCAAUUGCCGGUGAAUUAUUAGUGCAAAACAGCAACGAUGAUGUCACGCUAAACAAUCACAGCAGCAGCAGUAAUAAACAGAGCAAAUCGCUUGACUCUGUGGUGACUAUGACGCCGGAGGAGGAAAAUCGUAAAUGCAUAAACGAGUUCUUAAGUAAAAUCGAUUCAACUAUCUCUGAGUCGAGAAAAUAUGUUGAGAAAUCCAAAGAAAUGAUUACUAGCCAGAGUGACAACGAUCUGUUUGUUACCACCGAUUUUGUACAGCACAGGCGUAAUAAUCAUUUGAAUAAUUCUUACAAAACGAAUCGGCAAAAUCAAUCAAACCACCAACGGAACAGUUCUUCGGGCAGCACAUCGGACACUGCGCAGCUGUUGAACACCACGCAAACUCGACACGUGCAAAAGUCACUGAAGCGACUAGAAAAACAGCAAGAUGAAUUCUUCGAAUUGUAGCACACACAUAAGAAACACAUAACUUCUCUGCGAUCCUCUGAAUGCCCUUUAUAGAAAUUUUAAUGUUAGUUUUAAUAAAAUUUAAAAUAUAAUAUAUUAUAAUGCUAACGUGAAUGAUUAUAGCAGCAAAAAUUAACAUAGAAAUGUAUCCUUAUUACUAAGAGUAAAACGCAAAUAUUUUAUACUAUAUACACAUACAAAUAGUAGGAUGGAUUUGUUUGAAAGUUUGAAGAUAUGCUGAAAAUAUUAUAUUAUUUAACAUAAAUGACAUAAUACAACCUCAAGUAUAGGCCAAUGUGCAAAAUAUGAAAUUUUAAAAUAGUUUGCUGAUUUUAAACUAUGUAUUUAUGCACUAUUAAAUACUUUCUUAAUGGAAUAUAAAUGUGAAUGAAAAAUCAAACGUUUUGAUGUUACUUAAUGCACUUGAAUGCCAACACAGCCACGGGCAGUUAAACAGAAACUCUGUGAAAUUAUGAUAAAUAGUAAUUAUAUAAAUAAUAUACAAUUUUAAUUUUAUUAAGGUGUAAACAUUUGUACUGCGUAAAGAUUUGCAUAGUUAACGCUACAUACAUAUAUUAAAUAAGUUGAACUGUUUAAAGUGCGUAUACUAUGUAUGUAAAUAUGUAUUUGUGCAAGCAAUCUACUGAUCUACUGACAUAUAUGUAUAUACAAUAUUUAUAAAUUACAUAUUUUCAUUUCGUAUUUGGUAUUUAUAAUUAUAUUAUGUUAACAUAUACACAUAUCCUUAUUUUUUAAAGAAUACGGUUUUAAUUUCGAUUGAAGCUUUAAUGUUUUUCUAUUAUUUUUUCCGAUCAUUUAUCAUACUGAGCGUAUGAGUAUUAUAAUAAUAUGAAAUUUAAUUUGAAAACAAUUAA